AUGCCGCGCGCCAUCAGAGGAGUCCUCAUCGAGUGCGACCCCUCCAUCAAGUCCAUCAUCGUCAACAUCGACUCCAACAACCACGACUACAUCAUCGAGGACCUCGACGACCAGCACGUCGUUGUCAAGGAGAACAUGGUCGCCGCCCUCAAGAGACAGCUUGACGAGGUUGGUUCCCGAUUCCCGAUUCCCGAUUCCCGAUUCCGUCCAUCUCCGGAACAUUCUGCAGGGACGGUUGAAGGAGACGCAGCAGCCCGACGAAAGUUCGGACUCUGA